GGCAAAGGACGCGAGAACGGGUACCAGGGCCUGCAUAAAGUCCUGGAGCCGUUUCUCCUGCGCAGGGUGAAGAAGGACGUGGAGAAAUCCCUCCCCGCCAAAGUGGAGCAGAUCCUGCGGGUGGAGAUGUCUGCCCUCCAGAAGCAGUAUUACAAAUGGAUUUUAACAAGGAAUUACAAAGCCCUGUCCAAGGGAACACGUGGCAGUACGUCCGGCUUCCUGAACAUCGUGAUGGAGCUGAAGAAAUGUUGCAAUCACUGUUACCUGAUCAAACCUCCGGAAGAAAACGAGAGAGAAAACAACCAGGAGAGGCUGCAGUCUUUAAUCAGGAGCAGUGGAAAACUCAUUCUUCUGGACAAACUGCUCAGCAGGCUGCGAGAGAGGGGCAACCGAGUCCUCAUUUUCUCCCAGAUGGUGAGAAUGUUGGACAUCUUGGCAGAGUAUCUGACCAUCAAGCACUACCCUUUCCAGGUGAAGACCAGGAAUUUUAUG